UCAAUCCGGAAGAGACUUCGCUUGCAGCUGCCAGCUUGUUAGGACACAAACCCCAGUCCCAAUGGAAAAGCAUGUGGCGAUUAUGUUCCUGUUUUACUAUGCCCAACUCCCAUUAUGGACGAGCUUCGCGAUGCAAACCAACCAGACGGAUCGGCUCGCUUUGAUCUACUUCAGAGACAGUGUGCAUGGGGAUCCGCUCAGAGUUCUGAGCUCAUGGAAUGACUCUUCUCAUCACUGCGAGUGGCAAGGUGUCGUAUGCAGUGGACGGCAUCCCGGAAGGGUCGUGUCCCUCGACCUGACGUCGAAAGGCUUGGGCGGUCUUCUAUCACCUCACGUUGGGAACCUCUCUUUCCUGAGAAGCCUCGUUCUACGGAACAACAGCUUUCGAGGAGAAAUUCCACUAAGUAUUGGCCAUUUGUUUCGCCUUCGCCCGUCUCGGUCUUAGUAACAACUCUUUCCGCGGACAAAUGCCCACCAAUCUUUCUCAGUGCUCAAACCUUGAGAUUUUGAAUCUCAUUGAUAACCAGCUUGUGGGCAAAAUUCCUGAUGAUCUCGGCUCUUUGCCGAAGCUUCAAGCUUUAGGUUUGGCUGGCAACAAUCUUACAGGAUCCAUUCCCCGUUCUGUUGGAAAUCUCUCCCAACUUCACAUGCUUUCCGUCUCAGAAAAGGGGUUGCAAGGAGAGAUUCCCGAGACAUUGUCCAAGUUUCGUGGUUUGGAGUUUGUUCAAUUGGCGUUUAGCCAACUCACCGGUGAGAUCCCUCCAGCAAUCUUCAACAUCUCUGGCAUUUUCUCCUUCAGCGCCGGCGACAAUCAAUUGAGAGGGAGCAUUCCCCCUUAUAUCGGCGAUACUCUUCCUCAUCUCACUUAUCUUAAUUUUGGGAACAAUUUGUUUACUGGCGUCAUACCUCCGUCCUUAUCGAAUGCCUCCGGCCUUGAGUACAUCUACUUUAACAAUAACAGUUUUCACGGACGGCCGCCGGCAAAUCUUGGAAGGCUAAAAGCUCUUGAAAGAAUGCUCCUUGGUUUUAACCAGUUGCGAGAUGACUUCAGUUUCAUUACCUCAUUGACUAAUUGUUCAAGGCUGCAAAUUAUUGGGGUAGACUUCAAUUUUCUUGAAGGUCCGUUGCCGGAUUCCAUUGGCAAUCUUUCCAACAGCGUUAUAGUAAUUUCUAUGUCGUCCAACCCAAUGUUCGAAACCAUUCCUCCAGGUAUUGGCAAUCUCUUCAACCUGUCCUUUCUUGGCUUAGCAAACAAUUCGCUCAGCGGUCAUGUUCCUUCUUCUAUCGGAGCACUCCAUAACUUGCACGUAUUGGAAUUAAGCGCAAACAUGUUAACGGGAGAGAUCCCGUCAUCGAUCGGCAAUUUGACGUUAUUGAAUCACCUUCACCUGCUGUUCAACAACUUUUACGGGGAAAUACCGCAGAGUCUUGGUAACUGCAGGCAGCUAAUCGAGCUCGAGCUUUCGAACAAUAAUCUGAGUGGUUCAAUUCCAGAGGAGGUUCUUAGUCUUUCUACCAUUUCGAUUAUCUUCAGCUUGGCACAUAACCAGUUGAGCGGAUCUCUUCCGUCUCAAGUUGGGUCCUUGGCCAAUCUUGUCGAACUGGAUCUGUCUUACAAUAAGCUGACAGGACCAAUUCCUAGCUCCAUCAGCAAGUGCUUGCUCUUGGAACGGCUCAGCUUGGCCAUCAAUUCCUUUCAUGGCGAAAUUCCUCCGGCUUUAGGCACAUUACGGGGCUUACGAGAGUUGGAUCUUUCCCAUAAUGACUUCUCUGGUGAAAUCCCGAGGUUUCUCGUUCAACUUACGGAUCUGAAUUACUUGAAUCUAUCUUUAAACAAGCUCGAAGGAGAAGUUCCGAAGCAAGGAGUAUUUCUCAAUGCUAGUGCAGUGUCCGUCUUUGAGAAUAGUAAUCUCUGUGGAGGUAUUGCAGAACUAAACCUUCCUUCUUGCAAAUCGAACACCUCUAAACCAUUUUCGACCAAAAAAGUUAUAGUAAUCACCACAGUGGCUGCCAUCCUGUCAGGCUUCAUUCUGUGUCUUUGCUUGUUUAUCAUUUGGUACCGAAGAAAGAAGUCGAAAGAAAAUCUCUCUGCAACUGAAUUGCCGUUUGAACAUCGAUUCUCGAGGGUCUCUUACGAGGAACUCUUUAGAUCCACCGAUGGAUUCUCUGAGAACAAUGUGAUCGGUAAAGGGAGAUAUGGUACUGUCUAUAAAGGAACUACACAGGAAGGUGGUUGGGUGGCAGUUAAAGUGCUCAACUUGGGCCACAGAGGUGCUUCGAAGAGCUUCGUCUCGGAAUGUCGAACCUUAGGGGCCAUAAGACACCGAAAUCUCGUGAAGAUAUCGAACGUGUGCUCAAGCGUGGACCAUUGCGGCAACGAUUUCAAAGCUCUAUUAUACGAAUACAUGGCUAAUGGGAGCUUAGAGAAUUGGAUACACCAAGGAAAUGAAGAAGACGUUAGGCAUGAACAUGAACAAGGACAACCAGGACGUUUGGGACUAAUGCAGAGGUUAGACAUUGCCAUUGACAUAGCUUCCGCGAUCAAAUAUCUUCACGAGGCUUGUAGCCCAAAGAUUGUACACGGAGAUCUGAAGCCGAGUAAUGUCCUUUUGGACAACGAAAUGAUGGGGCGUGUUGGGGAUUUUGGGCUGGCGAAGAUCAGCUCCGCCGCGACAACAGAGGCCAUGGACAUUGACAACCGUAGCAGCUCAGUGGCAAUGAGGGGUUCCAUAGGCUAUGUCCCUCCCGAGUAUGGCAUGGGGGAUAUGGUAUCCACGCAAGGCGAUGUGUACAGCUACGGCAUUCUUUUAUUGGAAAUGUUCACCGGAAGGAGACCCACAGAAGAGGCUUUCAAGGACCAUUUGAAUCUCCACACCUUUGUUAAGGUGGCUCUGCCACACCGAGCUGCGGAGAUCGUGGACUCGGCCAUUUUUAAUGGAGAAGACGAGCGGGACACCGAGAGGAUGAGAAACUGCAUUGCCUCCGUCCUAACGGUUGGAGUUGCAUGUUCGAUGGAAUGGCCGCGGGAUCGGAUGGGCGUGGCCGAAGUACUCAAGGAACUGCAUAAGAUCAGGGCUAGGUAUGGAGCCAAGUAGAGGGGCAUGGUUUGAAGCAAAUUCAUAAUAAUUCGGAUGGUUCUAUUCCCUGUCUUAAUUUGUACUGUUUAGCACUGGGGCCAAAGCCAAACUCUUAUACUAGUUCAAUGUAUGUACUCUAUCUCACUAUUUUCUUUUUCUGAAUUUCCUUAUUUCUAAUAAAAUUUAAGUAAUUCCUAUUAA